AAAUAAACGUGGCGGGACGUAUGUGUCAUGGCGCGCUCCAUCCAAAGGCUGUGCGGUUUCCGGAGAGUGGCGUGUUGAUUCCCUCACUUUGGACUGGUUUUUUUUUCCCGAUUGCAGGACUUAUCUUUCAAGAGGACUUUAAUUGCAGAUAAUCAAGAGAAGAUGCCUUCUGCAUCCUGUGAUACACUUCUGGAUGACAUUGAAGAUAUUGUGUCUCGGGAAGAUUCAAAGCCACAAGAUAGGCAUUUUUCAAGAAAGCAUGUUGUUCCAAAAGUACGAAGGCGAAAUACCCAAAAAUAUUUGCAAGAGGAAAACAGUCCACCGAGUGAUAGCACUAUUCCAGGCAUACAAAAAAUUUGGAUACGAACAUGGGGUUGUUCUCAUAAUAAUUCAGAUGGAGAAUAUAUGGCUGGACAACUAGCUGCUUAUGGCUAUAAAAUUACAGAAAAUGCUUCAGAUGCAGAUUUAUGGCUCCUGAACAGUUGCACUGUAAAAAACCCAGCUGAAGACCACUUUAGAAACUCAAUUAA